AUGCAAGCACCACCACCACAUAAUACACUACUGCUCAGUCCUGGCAAGGAUCAAGAUAACAAAGUCGCAUCGGAUCAGAAGCCAGGAAAGUUUGGUAAACCAAAAUCGAAGAUUGGUGCAGAAGGGUCAUUGCCCCCUUCCCAAAAGUAUAAGGUAAAAACUGAAAAGAAGGAAAAGAAGCCUAAAGGAACUACAGUGAAGCGUGGCACGGAUAAACAAACACCAGAAGAAAGUAACAAACUUCCCGGCAGUCCUAGUGGCGAUCCCUUUAAGGCACCAGUUGUUCAGGCUACGGAAUCGCUGGUUCAUGACCAGGAAAAGGCACCGAAGGACAAAACACCAUGUCCUAGGGCAGAAGCAAAAGUUCCCGGACCAGCAACAACGCAGGAAUCAGAUGAACAAGUAGGGGUCAAAAGACAUGACGUCCUAGCUGAUGCCAUAUAUGAUGAUGUCUCCACAGUCCCCAAAUCACAUGAUGCGCUAGAUAAUGAUAACAAGAAAAGGAAAGGGAGGAAGCAACAAAAGAUGGGGAAAGGACAUACAAUCGAGAAAUAUGAAGGCAACGUAGCAGAAGAUAGAGAAAAAUAUGGAAUCCAUAGGUCGAUUGAAUUCCCCUACGAAAUGACUUGUUUAGAUGAAAGAUUGAGCGAUUCUGAAAUAAAUAAAAAAUUAGAACAAAUGGAAGAAGAACCUCAUAAAUGGGAAUUACUGUCUCUAUACUGGCAAUCAUACAGAAAUGAAAGAAGUAAACAUCUGAACCAAAAACUCUUAAACCCAAGAAACAACCAACCCAUUAAAACUAUCCAAAAAUAUAGCACGACCUGGAAGAAGUGUGCAAAGGUAGUUCGUGAUAAUUUUACAAAACAACAUGAACAUGUUAAUGAAGUAUUUUAUACCAUAAUUGAAAAGGAAAAAUUGAGCACACAUGAAUUCAAAGAAAUUCUAAAUGACUUUAGAGCUUCAUGGAAACAAGUCACGCUUAAAACAGCAGACGAAUGUAUGGCCAUUCUUGAAGCGCCACCUAUCUCAGCAGCCAAAUUCUCGAGGUAUGAGGGUUCAGGAUUCUUUGCUGAGGGUGAAAAUUAUGCUAUUUUGGGGUUCUUUGCGUAG